AUGUUUAAUCAUGAAGGAGGUAUUAAUACUACCGAGAAAUCAAUUUGUGCAGCACAAGGAUUAUCGUGCCCAGCCUUAUACGGUAUCAUGGAGCUCAUUUCAUUUCUUGCAAUAAUUUUUGAUAUAAUAAUUAUACCAUUUUUGGUAUAUUUAUCAUUUGCAAAAGUGAAGGAUAGCUUAUUGAAAUAUUUUACGCUUAAUACAAUGGCAAUUUGCAUUGUGACAACUAUAGCUGUUACUGUUAUAGAUGCAAUAAAUGUUACAACUCUCUUCGUCGGCGUAGAUGAAAAGAUAUAUCGAAUUCGACGUUGGGCACGGCGAUGUCUCAGUUUCGGAUAUAUUUGGUCUCAUGCAUUAGCGCUUUAUGUAGCUAUUGUUUGCUAUUUAGCUUUUGUUAAUCCAAUCUUCUAUAUGAAGCAUUUCGUGAAUAAGAGUCAAAAAUAUCAUUAUCUUAUCAUUCAUAUAUCGCUAUUUCUAUGGAACAGUUGUGUAGACUUUAUCAGAGAGCAAUUUUCAAUUUCAAUAUUAUAUCAUCUAACACAUCUAAUACUAUUUUUUGCUUUAUUCAUUGUUACUGCGAUGGCAAUCAUUAAAAUUUGCAAGUAUAAACCGGCCGGAAUUAGUGCUAUUGAAAUUGUGAAAUUAAGGCGUAAACGAUUAUUUUCAUUUGCUGUUUACAGCUGUGCAGCUGAAAUUAUUGUUCUACCUCGCUUUUUUGUUAUAAGUACUAUUAUUGCUUUUGGACCAUAUCGUCAAGCAAUUCUUUCAAUCAUUGGAAAACACAAGCCGCAAACCACAAAGAUUAAUCCAUUAAAUAAUGAAAUUAUUGGAAAUAACAAUAAUACUGCGGGAAUGGCCAGUAAAUUCGAAGUAGCAAAAGUGAGAAAAUAG